AUGGCAGGAGACGCAGAAGACCGCGCCGCGCUCGUCAACCGACAGCUCCCAGAGAUGACCCUGUCAACAGCAGACAACCCUCUCACAGCACCCAAGCCACCACCAGAGAACUUGUCUACGGCAGAGAGAGCGCAGUAUAGGUUCCAGGUCAAGGGCAAUGCGAUCAUCACCGGUGGCGCCGGCACCCUCGCCCUCGAAGCCGCAGCCGCCCUCCUCGAACACGGCGCCACGGGCCUCGCCCUCUGGGACAUGAACCCCGACCAAGCCUUCGAAAGCGUCAAGAAACUGCACUCCAAGUUCCCCCACGCGCGCAUCAUAACCGAAGCCGUCGACGUACGCGACGAGAAAGCCAUUGCUUCAGCCGUAGAAAGCACUGUCAAGGUACUCGGUAGCAUAGACAUGCUCUGCUGUUUCGCCGGCGUCGUAGGCUGCACACAUGCGAUUGAGAUGGCGGCGGAUGAAUGGCGGCGCACCCACGAUAUCAAUCUUACGGGGUCGUUCUUGUGUGCACAGGCUGUUGCGAAGCAAUUCCGUGCGCAGGGGACGGGGGGUAGUCACCAUCUCUUCCACACAAUGGACAGCAACGGCCCCGGCUCCCCCCGUGCAAUCGCCAACUUCAUCAUCACCAAGCUCACCGACGCCACGAUUUACGUCCAGGAUCUUAUCGAGGCGCGGGCGGAAGAGGAGCGGCGCCGUGUCCAAGAGGAGAGCGACGCGAUAUCGAGGGAGGCGCGCAGGCGCGUUAUGGAGUAUGGAGAUGCGGAUGAGUCGUUGAUGGGGGAUCGGGAGGCGGAGGAGGGGAGGAGGAGGACGUAG